GGAGCGGGCGCGGGGCGGGCCGGCGGGGCCGAGCGAGGGGAGGAGGCGAGGCGAGCGCUGUCAGCGCGGUUAUAAGGGAGGGAAAAGUUCCCUGCGCCGGGAGCCGGGCAGGCGCACGCUCGUACGGCGGCCGCAGCGGCAGGGCGGGGCCGCGGAGGAGCGGGUGGCAGCGGAGGACGCCCCCGGGGACGCGACUCGCUCCCCUCGGGGUCUCUGUCGGACCUCGGAAAGGUACCGGCAGGGGGCGGGGGGGCCGAGGGCUUUUGCACGGGGCCAUGGGCGACGUCGGGGAGCCCGGCCGGGGGCCCGCGCAGCCGGGGGCGCCGCUGCCCACCUUCCGCUGGGAGCAGAUCCGCCCGCACAACCUCCCGGGCGACAAGUGGCUGGUCAUCGAGCGUCGCGUCUACGACAUCAGCCGCUGGGCACAACGGCACCCGGGGGGCAGCCGCCUCAUUGGCCACCACGGCGCUGAGGACGCCACGGAUGCCUUCCACGCCUUCCACCAGGACCUCAAUUUCGUGCGCAAGUUCCUGCAGCCCCUGCUGAUUGGAGAGCUGGCCCCGGAGGAGCCCAGCCAGGAUGGACCCCAGAAUGCCCAGCUGGUUGAGGACUUCCGAGCCCUGCGCCAGGCAGCUGAGGACAUGAAGUUGUUUGAGGCCAAGCCCGCCUUCUUCGCUCUCUUGCUGGGCCACAUCCUGGCCAUGGAGGUGCUCGCCUGGCUCACCAUCUACCUCCUCGGCCCGGGCUGGGUGCCCAGCACCCUCGCCGCCCUUGUCCUGGCCACCUCCCAGGCUCAGUGUUGGUGUCUGCAGCAUGACCUGGGCCAUACCUCUGUCUUCCGGAAGUCCCAGUGGAACCACCUGGCCCAGCAGUUUGUGAUGGGACAGCUGAAGGGCUUCUCUGCCCACUGGUGGAACUUCCGCCAUUUCCAGCACCACGCCAAGCCCAACAUCUUCCACAAAGACCCGGAUGUGACCGUAGCGCCCGUCUUCCUCCUGGGGGAGUCGUCGGUCGAGUACGGCAGGAAGAAGCGCAGAUACUUGCCCUACAACCAUCAGCAUCUGUACUUUUUCCUGAUCGGCCCGCCGCUGCUCACCCUGGUGAACUUUGAAGUGGAGAAUCUGGCGUACAUGCUGGUGUGCAUGCGGUGGAUGGACUUGCUCUGGGCUGCCAGCUUCUACUCCCGCUUCUUCCUGUGCUACAUCCCCUUCUACGGCGUUCCUGGGGCGCUGCUCCUCUUCGUCGCUGUCAGGGUCCUGGAGAGCCACUGGUUCGUGUGGAUCACGCAGAUGAACCACAUCCCCAAGGAGAUCGGCCACGAGAAGCACCGGGACUGGGCCAGCUCUCAGCUGGCAGCCACCUGCAAUGUGGAGCCUUCGCUCUUCAUCGACUGGUUCAGCGGGCACCUCAACUUCCAGAUCGAGCACCACCUCUUCCCCACGAUGCCAAGGCACAACUACCGUAGGGUGGCCCCGCUGGUCAAGGCGCUGUGUGCCAAGCACGGCCUCAACUACGAGGUGAAGCCCUUUCUCACCGCCCUGGUGGACAUCGUUGGGUCCCUGAAGAAGUCUGGCGACAUCUGGCUGGAAGCCUACCUCCACCAGUGAAGGCGGCACCCAGGGCCCCAGCGACCACCAAGCCGGCCCAGGCAGGCUUGACCACUCUGCCCCACCCCCACCCGCACCCCACCCUCCACCUGGCCUAGGGGGCCCUGCCCACCCUUCUGGAUCUGCUGUCCUCACCUCACCACCCCCCUCACCUGUCUGCUUGGCAGCCCUAAGGCCAUGGCUCUUGGCCAAACAGGACCAGGGCUAGGGGGAUAGUACAUAAAGCCACACAGCAUGGCAUGUUUUCCUAGAGCAAAAAUUUAGGGAAAACGGUUAUUUUUAUAUAAAAACAAACACAGAAAAACGGUGGAGUAUUGAAUCUGCAAGAAUCUUGGAGCUGGACUUCCUGA